GCACGUCAAUACUCGAGGAGCCGGCAACAUGUGGCGGUGUGCAGUACUGCUGUCUAUCUGUUGGGUGGGACUAGCUGCGGCUAGGGCUUAUAUGGAUUGUGGACCAAAUGAAAUCUUUAACAGUUGUGUGGAUGAGUGCCCCCCAGAAAAAGCUUGUGCUACUCGUAUAGAAGGGGUAUUUUGUGUAGGAUUUCCAAUACUCUGUGCACCAAAAUGUGCGUGUAAAGAGGGCUACUACAGGAGGUUUGAGGACGGGGAGUCGGAGUGUAUAUCAGAUGAAGAGUGUGGACCUACUUGUGAUCCAGAUGAGAAGUACACGGAGUGUGCAAACCAUGUCGAUGACAGCUGUACUGCAAUGGGAAGUCCGAAACCGAAUAGCACUGAGCCUUGUGUACCGGGAUGUGUCUGCAACGAAGGGCUCUUUAGGCUCUACAACAACGGGCCAUGCUUACCUAGACGAUAUUGUCAAGAGUUAAGGCAUGCGCCCGAGUGACACACAAUUACUUACGUUAAAUCCGUUGGCAUUAGAGAUCUAUCAUUAUACGAGGUACAAAACAUUCAGUUAAGGCCGAUUUUACAAUCAAUCAACUCUGUAGUGAAAUUUAAUAACGACUAUUAUUGUAUAAAUUGCUGAUUUUAAUAAAAUUUAAUUGUUUUAA